GGUGAAAAGGGGAGGUGGGAGGCCCUGCGCAUGCGUGCCAGCGCCCAUGCAAAUCUGCUGUACAUCCAGAGAGCAAAGUGGGAUGAUCUGUCACUACACCUGCAGCACCACGCUCGGAGGACAGCUCUUGCUCGCAGCUUCCAGACCCAGGAAGCCUGAGGGGGAAGGAAGGAAGUACGGGCGAAAUCAUCAGAUUGGCUUCCCAGCUCUGGGAAUCUGAAGCGGGCCCACAUCUUCCGGCCAACUUCCAUUGAACUUCCAGCACUCGAAAGGGACCGAAAUGGAGAGCAAAGAACCCCAGCUGAAAGGAAUUGUGACAAGGUUAUUCAGCCAGCAGGGAUAUUUCCUGCAGAUGCACCCAGAUGGUACCAUUGACGGGACCAAGGACGAAAAUAGUGACUACACCCUCUUCAAUCUAAUUCCUGUGGGCCUGCGUGUGGUGGCUAUCCAAGGGGUGAAGGCCAGCCUUUAUGUGGCCAUGAAUGGUGAAGGCUAUCUCUACAGCUCAGAUGUUUUCACUCCAGAAUGCAAAUUCAAGGAAUCUGUAUUUGAAAACUACUAUGUGAUUUAUUCUUCCACACUGUAUCGUCAGCAAGAAUCAGGCCGAGCAUGGUUUCUGGGACUCAAUAAAGAAGGUCAAAUUAUGAAGGGAAACAGAGUGAAGAAAACCAAGCCCUCAUCACAUUUUGUACCAAAACCUAUUGAAGUGUGUAUGUACAGAGAGCCAUCACUUCAUGAAAUUGGAGAAAAACAAGGGCGUUCAAGGAAAAGUUCUGGAACACCAACCAUGAAUGGAGGCAAAGUCGUGAAUCAAGAUUCAACAUAGCUGAGAACUCUGCCCUUCGUCCCUCUCUCAUCCCUUCCCUUUCUCCCCCCCACUUUUCCCAUUUCCUUCCAAUAAAUCCACCCAAGGAGAGGAAAAUAAAAUGGCAACCCAGGACCUAGUGACUAAGAUUCUGCACUCAAAAAUCUUCCUUUGUGUAGGACAAAGAAAUUGAACCAAAGCUUGCUUGUUGCAAUGUGGUAGAAAAUGCACAUGCACAAAUAUUAGCACACAUAAAAUCAAGAGAAAAAAUAAAUCAAGACACCACAACAUUGUGCUGUUAUUAAUAGAAGGCUAAUUAUAAUGAAAACAUAACUAUAAUAAAUUUGAAAUAAAGUUAUUAUCUUAAAGACAAGGAUUUUGGAGAAUUGAACUUACAAAUCUAUGUAAUACCCUGAAUAACUUAAACUUUGGAUAAUGCUGUGAUGUGUGCUUCCUGUCGAAUUUGAAUUUUCUUUGGGCAUCUGGAAUUGACACAUAAUUACAUUCUGUUUCCAGGAUUUUUUCUUUUUUACCAUGGUAUUAAACAUGUACAAAUUAUAGAUUCUUCUAAUUCCCAUAUGGUUGGUAUAAGCCAGAAAUCAUUUAAAAGUUUAAAGUUUUAUUUUUGAAUUUGUUACUUACAAUUAUUUUAUGCAAAAGAUAGACUUCUGUUGAAUUUAAUAGUAUUAACUGAUUUUAUUCCUUUAUAAAAAGUUUCAGAUUCACCUAGGAGAUUAUCAUAUUUUUAUCAAAAUAAUUAAUCCAGGAUCUCAUUUUUUUAGUUAUUUAGAAAAAAAAUGUAUUCUAAGGCUGAGGUUACUUUUGAGAAUUCUGUGUCAUUGCCAUGCUUGAGCAGGGAUGAAUAAGUUAUAUGCACUUAUUCAUUUGGUCUGAUUUUUCACAUUGUGCACAGCUUGGAGAGUAUUGGUGCAUGUCUAGCUGUGUUAAAGAGUUUUGUACCAUCUCUUGCAGCAGGAAAGAAAGAAAAGGGGUUUCACACAAGGAAAUAAAUCCUAGGAUAUUGGUCAAAGCAAAUUGUUUUUGCCUUUGUAACUUACCAGAAUUUUGUGUAUGUAGCACUUUCCAAACUUCACCAAGAAAUUGGGAGGCUUGAAUGUGAAAUUUCUAAAUUACUAUCUCAUGAAGCCCGUGGCUUGCUUGUUACUAUAUAUCCUUGUUAAUAAGUCUAGUUGACAGUAACUGUCUCCUAGAACACAGAAGGGAAGUUGAUACAUUGAAUUUUCAAGGGGCAUAGAGAAAGGAUAUACAAUUAACAGCUAUGGUUACAACACACAGGGUUGUGUGAGCUUAAAGUAGUUAAAAGAAAAAAAAAAAAACCUCAGCGUAAGGACGGAACAAAUGCAUAGUUAGGAAUACUAAAGUAUUAGGAAAGCAUUAGGGAAGAAAUGAACGUAAUACAAUUGUCUUGGGGGAAAAAAUAGAUCUACUUAGUCCUACAAAUCAGAAAUGGUAUAGAGACAUCCAAAUUAAAACAGAAUGUUAAAACAAUGUAUGCAGAAUUAUGGAUAUUAUCAAUGAGAAGACUUAGCAUGUUACUUCUCCUAUAGCUCUACUGUCCAGCAUGUAUUGUUCCAAAUAUGACUCCCUAAAAUAUAUACACUUUGCAGAAGCUCUAGGCCUUCACUUAAAUGACCUUGCCAUUGGUUGCUGUAUUCUUUCAAAGUCAACGUAGUUACCCUCACUCUACACAAUCAUUAUUCUUUAAUAGUGGUUUGUGUCCUUCACCAAGUAUUCUAUUUAUGUUAUCAGGAGGUUAGCAGAAAAUGAAAUGGAGGAAUUUGCCUUAUUGUUUGUAAAGAAUACAAGUUAGGCAUCUAGACAAGUAUUUUGAACACACAUUUGCAAAAGAUACUUGUUUAACCAAAAUAUUUUGAAAGCAUUACAUUAAAAGGGAAAGAAAAAAAAAAAA